AUGGCUCCUCCCAAUGCGCCAGAAACAAAUGAUUCUCCCAAGCCUACCUCCGGCAUAAUCUCCGAGAAGGAUGUCCCGAGCGCCAAAUGGACCCCCGAAUCCGCCCUCGCCGAGCUUUCCUCGCCGCCCGUACCUGACACCGACUCGCCACUUCCCUUCUUCCACCUGCUGGAGCGCCUAAAGACCACCAAGCGCGAGGGCUGGCGCCGCUUCGGCAUCCUGCACGGCGAGUCGAUCUCGGACCACAUGUACCGCAUGUCCAUACUCACCAUGCUAGCGCCAGCGUCGCUCUCGGCGAAGCUCAACAUCCCGCACUGCACCAAGAUGGCGCUCGUGCACGACAUGGCCGAGGCGCUGGUCGGCGACAUCACGCCCGUGGACCCCAUCUCGAAGGAGGAGAAGUCGCGCCGCGAGUCCGAGACCAUGGACUACAUAUGCACGCGCCUGCUGGGCAAGUUCGGGGGCGGGCUCACCGGCGCCGACAUCCGCGCCGUGUGGCAGGAGUACGAGGACAGCGAGACGCUCGAGGCCAAGUACGUGCACGACAUCGACAAGAUGGAGCUGCUGCUGCAGAUGAUGGAGUACGAGCGCGCCCAGGAAGGCCGUCUCGACGUCGGCGAGUUCACCUGGGUCGCCACCAAGAUCGUCCUGCCUGAGAUCCAGGCCUGGGCCGAGCUGGUCUUUGAGGAGCGGAAGCAGUUCUGGGCGAAGAUUGGCAAGGAGCCCAGCUGGGGAGGCGACCGCAAGUCCGUGGCAUCGGCAUGA